AUGCUGUCGCAAGCUCUGGUCCUCUCGCUGGCAGGCCUCGCCGCCGCCCAAGACCGCCUCUUCUCUUCCAGCUUCGGCUACCCCGGACGCAAUGCAAGCUAUGACUACAUCGUCGUCGGCGGCGGCACUGCGGGCCUCACCCUUGCCUCGCGUCUCGCCGCAACCUCCGCCUCCGUGGCCGUAGUCGAGGCCGGCGGCUUCUACGAGGUCGAGAACGGCAACAACAGCGUCGUCCCCCUUCUCUCGCUGACAGGCAUCGCUUUCGUCGAUCCCUCGCCAAACUUCACCCCGCAACCCCUGAUGGACUGGUCUCUCGUCUCCGAGCCUAUCUCUGGCGCCGGCGGUCGGAAGGUGCAUUACGCGCAGGGCAAGACGCUGGGUGGCUCUUCGGCCAUCAACACCAUGUCGUACAUACGCGGCACGAAAGGCUCCUAUAGCCUCUGGGCCGAAACCGUCGGCGACGACUCGUUUAGAUGGGAGAGCAUGUUGAAAUAUUUCAAGCGUUCCGUCGAUCUGACGCCGCCGAAUGAAGAGAAGCGCCAGAACACCAACGCCACGGUGCGGUUCGACCUUAACGACUACGACGAGGAGGGAGGUCCAUUACAGGUCUCUUGGAAUAACUGGGUCGACCCGACGCUCACCUGGCUCGCCAAGGUCAUACAGAGUCUUGGGUUGGCUAUCAGUCCCAAAGGUUUUAGCAGCGGCGAGCUCGUUGGGUACGGCGCGUGGGUGCCCUCGACGAUUGAGCCCGAGAAGGCACAGCGAUCCACAAGCGAGAGCAGUUUUCUCCAGAAUGCAAUCAAGGACACGGGGAUCAUUGUCUACACCCACAGCCUCGCAACCAAGAUUCUUUUCGACGGCACGCAGGCUGUGGGCGUCAGCAUCAACACCCGGGGCGUAGAGUACACCCUCUCGGCCAACAAAGAAGUCAUCCUCACCGCGGGCACGUUUCACUCUCCUCAGCUCCUCCAGGUGUCUGGCAUUGGUGCUCGCCAGCAGUUGGAAGCGCUUUCCAUCCCGGUUGUCGCCGACAUCCCCGGUGUUGGACAGAAUCUGCAGGACCCGAUCCAGAUCUUCGUCGCGUAUCCCGUCAGCACGCCCUCAGCACAAUCCCUUACUAACGAUCCGGCACUCAACCCUGAAUUCGUCGAAGAGUACCUCAAGUCCGGGACCGGUCCCUACAGUUCUGCGGCAGGCUUCUUGGCUCACGAGCGUCUCCCCAACUCCACUCUCGCCAGUCUUACCCAGUCCACUCGCGAGAGGCUAGCAUCCGUUCCUUCGGACUGGCCUCAGCUCUCCUUCAUUGCAGGAUCGUUCUCAACUGGCCCAGGACAAACGAGCGGUACUCUCGCUGCUUACCUGCCUCUCGUCUUCUCCCGCGGAAACGUUACCAUCUCGUCAGCUUCCAUCGAUGUGCAGCCGGUGAUCAACUUGAACUGGCUUUCUGACCCCGCCGACGUCGAGUUGGCCGUGGCUGCAGUUAAGCGUCUUCGUGCCGCGUGGGCCUCACCCUUUGCCAACACCCCAGGCUUCAAGACCGCCCCCGAGGCGCUCCCCGGUGACGCCGUGCAGACUGACAAGGAGAUCCUAGAGUAUGUGAGGGCCAACGCUGGGCAGGUUUGGCACCCAGUGUCAACUGUGGCUAUGGGCAAGGAGGAGGAUGUUCAGCUUGGUAAGGCAGUGGUUGACAGCCGCGGGCGCGUGUUUGGUGUUCAGGGCUUGAGAGUAGCGGAUGCAAGCACCUUUCCUUUUUCUCUGCCGGGGCAUCCUCAGUCUGCUGUGUAUGCACUGGCGGAGAAGAUUGCAGACGACAUAAUCACCGGCCGUUGA